UUAUUAUUAUUAUUAUUAUUAUUAUUAUUGUUGAAAUAAAACUGGUGCACGCAACAGUCACGGCGUGGACAUACUCGUCGUCGUGAUUGUCUUCGCGCAUUCGUCAACUUCCGGGUCACCGCACCAGGGUUAAACGUGGCGCUGGCUAUGCCUUUUUAUAUCAACAUCAUCAUCAUCAUCAUCGGUGUCAUAACUUAUGACGUUGUUUUGUAGUUAAAUAAAAGAUAUUAUUGCUAUUGCCUCACAAUAAAUAAGUUACUGAGGCCUUAAUAAUAAACCUUUGAAUAAAAUCUAAGAAAAAGAUAAGUCAAGCCAGUUGUUAAUAAGAAUAAAAAUAAUAAGGUAAUUCUGGUGAUAAAUAUAUUGUGGGGAAAGUAGUAAUUGUAAGAUAGCCUACCUGGAAUAAAUUAUGAAGCAUCAUCGUAUCAAACGUAUUAUUUUAAUAAUAAGAGUGGCUGGUGAUAGGGGCCGGUGAAUGUGUGAUCCGGGGGCAGAGAUCUGCUGGAAUGACGUGCGACGAGACGACCGAGCAGCCUCCGGUAGACGAAUGCCUCCUGGAACGGAAAUGGUGGUGCUUUAUACUAUCAAGCAUCUUCACAUUUCUCGCCGGGCUGUUGAUCGUCUUGCUCUGGCGAGCAUUUGCCUUCCUUUGGUGUCGAAAGGAGCCGGAAUUCGCUCCAAAUGACCCAAAGCAAAAAGAACAGAAGGCUGCUCGCCAGAGCAAGGAGUUCGAAGGUACGUUUAUGACCGAGGCUAAAGAUUGGGCUGGUGAACUUAUCUCUGGACAAACUACUACUGGUCGAAUUCUGGUCGUCUUGGUCUUUAUCCUCAGUAUCGCGUCAUUGAUAAUAUAUUUCAUUGAUGCCUCCAAUGAAGAGGUCGAACGUUGCCAGAAGUGGAGCAACAACAUUACUCAGCAGAUAGACUUAGCUUUUAAUAUUUUUAUGGUCUACUUUUUUAUACGCUUUAUCGCCGCCAGUGACAAGCUGUGGUUCAUGCUGGAGAUGUACUCGUUUGUUGAUUACUUUACGAUACCACCGUCUUUCGUAUCGAUCUAUUUGGACCGAACAUGGAUCGGACUGAGGUUUCUUCGAGCCCUACGACUGAUGACAGUUCCGGAUAUUCUUCAGUACCUCAACAUUCUAAAGACAUCGAGUUCCAUUCGUCUCGCUCAACUCGUCUCCAUCUUCAUUUCUGUUUGGCUUACUGCUGCUGGCAUCAUUCAUUUGCUUGAAAACUCAGGGGACCCUUUCGAGUUUGCAAAUCCACAACCACUAUCUUAUUGGACAUGCGUUUAUUUUCUGAUCGUCACAAUGUCAACGGUAGGAUACGGUGAUGUUUACUGCAAUACCAUUCUCGGCCGUACAUUCCUAGUAUUUUUUCUACUCGUUGGUUUGGCCAUAUUCGCCAGUUGUAUCCCCGAGAUAAUUGACCUGAUCGGGACGCGAAACAAGUACGGCGGCACUUUGAAGAACGAGCGAGGUCGCAGACACAUUGUUGUGUGCGGCCACAUCACCUACGAGUCAGUGUCGCACUUCUUGAAGGACUUUUUACACGAAGAUCGUGAAGAUGUCGACGUUGAGGUCGUCUUCCUACAUAGGAAGCCACCAGAUCUUGAGCUGGAGGGUCUUUUCAAGCGGCACUUCACCACCGUCGAAUUCUUUCAGGGAACCAUCAUGAACCCAAUUGAUCUGCAACGGGUUAAGGUUCAUGAAGCUGACGCCUGUCUGGUCCUUGCUAAUAAAUAUUGUCAGGAUCCCGAUGCCGAAGAUGCCGCUAAUAUUAUGCGAGUUAUCUCUAUUAAAAAUUAUUCUGAUGAUAUACGAGUUAUCAUCCAACUAAUGCAGUAUCACAAUAAGGCCUAUUUAUUAAACAUUCCAUCAUGGGACUGGAAGCAGGGGGAUGAUGUGAUCUGUUUGGCAGAACUCAAGUUGGGAUUUAUAGCACAAUCAUGCUUAGCACCGGGAUUUAGUACUAUGAUGGCAAAUCUAUUUGCUAUGCGAUCCUUUAAGACGUCGCCGGACACUCAGGCGUGGCAGAAUGAUUACCUGCAAGGCACAGGAUGCGAGAUGUACACGGAAACCCUCUCCCCGUCCUUUACAGGGAUGACUUUUCCCCAAGCUAGCGAGUUAUGCUUCACUAAAUUGAAGUUGCUGCUGCUAGCAAUUGAGAUCAAAGGAGAAGGUGGUGCCGACAGUAAGAUUUCCAUAAACCCAAGAGGUGCCAAGAUUGCUGCCAAUACUCAGGGAUUCUUUAUUGCUCAAUCAGCCGACGAAGUCAAACGGGCAUGGUUUUAUUGCAAAGCAUGUCAUGAGGAUAUCAAGGAUGAGACACUUAUCAAGAAGUGUAAAUGCAAAAACUAUGUGGGAAUGAUGUUGAUGCAGACUGGAAUGGUGAAAGGAAAUACUGUCUACCAAAAUUACCUAGAUGUGGCUACAUUCCGGAAAGGCGUACGAGCCGUUCAAAUGGUCGGAAGAGCAAGUGAAGACUUCUCGUACUCAAACGACCAUCAUCCUCCCCCCACAUUCACUCCGCCAGAACUGCCCAAGAUGGUUCACGUGAGAGGUGAGAUCAGUCGCGAUCGAGACGAUCCUAACGCUCUAAGAAAUCAUCGAAACUCAGUAGGAAUGACGACAAUAAAUUCGACGAAACAAGUAAAUAAAGUCAAGCCAAAUGUAAAUAGAACAACCAAUGACAGUUUGUCGAGCCCAAAUCCACCAUAUAAUCAGAGAUCACAAGAGGACUCUGCAUACUCUGGCUACCAUCUUGCCUAUGAAGUCAAAAAACUCAUGCCAACAAGUAGAGGCUCAGGAGGUACAAACGUCAACAACAACGGUGGUCUUCAGGUUGGAAUUGCUGAUGAUCAGGCCAAAGAUUUUGAUUUUGAGAAAACUGAAAUGAAAUACGACUCCACGGGAAUGUUUCACUGGAGUCCUUCACGCAACCUUGAAGACUGUAUACUUGAUCGGAACCAGGCGGCAAUGACAGUACUCAAUGGUCACGUUGUAGUUUGUUUGUUUGCCGAUCCUGAUUCACCUUUAAUAGGACUGAGAAACCUGGUUAUGCCAUUACGAGCUUCCAAUUUUCAUUACCAUGAGCUUAAACAUGUAGUAAUAGUUGGGUCUGUUGACUACAUACGACGCGAAUGGAAAAUGUUACAAAAUUUACCAAAAAUAUCUGUACUGAAUGGGUCACCUCUGAGUAGAGCAGAUUUACGUGCCGUUAACGUGAAUCUUUGCGAUAUGUGUUGCAUCCUGUCAGCAAAAGUGCCUAGCAAUGAUGAUCCGACCCUCGCCGACAAGGAGGCGAUACUUGCGUCCUUGAACAUUAAAGCCAUGACUUUUGACGACACUAUAGGAGUAUUAAGUCAAGUCGGUAGUCCUAUAGUGCUGCAGCGACGAGGAUCAGUUUAUGGAGCUAAUGUGCCGAUGAUCACAGAACUUGUGAAUGAUAGUAACGUUCAAUUUCUUGAUCAGGAUGAUGACGAUGACCCCGAUACAGAACUCUACCUCACACAGCCGUUUGCCUGUGGAACUGCCUUUGCUGUCAGCGUAUUAGACUCACUCAUGUCAACGACCUAUUUUAAUCAGAACGCACUGACCUUAAUUCGAUCGUUAAUUACCGGGGGAGCGACACCUGAAUUAGAAUUGAUUCUAGCUGAAGGUGCAGGAUUAAGAGGUGGCUAUAGCACUACGGAUAGUUUGGCUAACAGAGAUCGGUGUCGAGUCGGUCAAAUCUCGCUUUACGAUGGUCCAUUGGCUCAAUAUGGCGAGGGAGGCAAGUACGGUGAUCUGUUUGUUGCUGCAUUAAAAUCAUAUGGAAUGCUGUGCAUUGGAUUGUACAGGUUUCGAGAUACGAGCUCGUCAGCUGAUGCAUCGUCAAAGCGUUACGUUAUUACUAAUCCACCCGAUGAUUUCACAUUACUACCGACUGAUCAGGUUUUCGUGCUAAUGCAGUUUGAUCCAGGUCUUGAAUACAGACCCAACAGAGGAACUCGUGGAAAAGAUGAUGCUUCCUGACUGUUGCUGUGUAGCGCCCUCACCGAUGGACCGUACUCUUACAUCUAAAUUGAUGUAAAGGACUGUCAAGUUACGUAUAUCAUUUCCCGAUUGUCUAUAAUCUUUAUCUUAAAUAAUAAUGAAAAAAAAAUGUCGUGAUAAGUUAUAGAUAUCCAAGAAUUUUUAAAUUAAUCAUAAAUAAAAUUUUCAAUGCAAUAAAAAAUAACUUAUAUUAAAUUGAAUUGUACGUAUUGCUUCCCAUAAAUCAUCAGCAAUGUUGAGUAUUAAUACAUUUUUGAUAAUAAUAUUCAUGAAAAAUUAUCUACCCAAAUAGUGCAAGGGAUUUGCCGAAAAAAAUAUACUAAAAAAAAAUAAA